AUGGCCGACUCGUCCAUCCAGGUGGUGGUGCGGGUGCGUCCAUUGAAUGAGAAGGAGGUGUUGCUCCUUGCUCCGACGGACACAUCCCAUGCAUUUCAGGGAGACGGGGGGCUCGCUGCCUCUCCGUCCAAAGCCCCGAAUGCCAUUGCUGCGAUGCGCAGCAAUUAUAUCCGCAACAUUAUCGCACCGGUGGACGACCGCGUCCUGGUCUUUGAUCCGGUCGAACCAGAUAUGAUGCGUGGCGGCGAGUCGAGUCGUACGCGCUCGUCGCUCUCGCACAUGCAGUUCCACGGAAAUGGCCGGCGACCGCGUGACGUGCGGUACGCCUUUGAUCGUGUAUUUCCGUCGUCGACGCAGCAGCGCGAGGUGUACCGCGACACGGUCGAGCCGAUGCUCUCAGGCGUGCUGAGCGGCUUUAAUGCGAGUGUCUUUGCGUACGGCGCGACGGGGUGCGGUAAGACACACACCAUCAGUGGCACGCCCACCGACCCGGGCCUCAUCUUUUUGACGAUGCAGGGACUCUAUGAGCGGAUCGAGGCGGAGAGCAGCGAUUUCGAAACGAAUGUGCGCCUCUCGUACUUGGAGAUCUACAAUGAGACCAUUCGUGAUCUGCUUUCCGAGACGCCGACUCCCGCGGGGCGUGGCUUGGCACUGCGGGAGGAUGCCGCCAGCAAGAUGUCCGUCGUCGGCAUCACGGAGCACAUACCCGAGUCGCCCGAACAGGUGCUGGAGAUGAUCACAGAGGGCAAUAAGCGGCGCACACAGAGUCCGACGGAGGCGAAUGCGGUGAGCAGUCGAAGUCAUGCGGUCCUCCAAGUCAAUGUCAUGCGGCGCCCGCGCACAGCCGACACGGUCGAGGAAAUGUACAGCGCGUCGCUCAACAUUAUCGACCUGGCUGGAUCCGAGCGUGCUUCUGCGACAUCCAACCAGGGCAUCCGCAUGAAAGAAGGCGCCAACAUCAACCGCUCGCUCCUGGCCCUGGGCAGCUGCAUCAAUGCCCUCUGCCAGUCGGGCACCCGCGGUGCUCGCAGCCGGCACAUUCCGUACCGCAACAGCAAACUCACGCGUCUUCUCAAGUUUUCGCUCGGCGGGAACUGCAAGACGGUUAUGAUUGCCUGUGUGAGCCCGUCGAGUGCGCACUAUGACGAGACGCAUAACACACUCAAGUAUGCGAAUCAAGCCAAGAACAUCCAGACCAAAGUAUCGCGCAACCUCCUGCAUAUUGACCGCCAUGUCGCGCAGUACGUCCAGGCCAUCGCUUCGCUGCGGGCAGAGGUCGCCGAGCUCAAAGACAAGCUCGCGCAUGCGCCGACCGAGUCACACGCGGAGCGAGACACGCAGCUCGAGCAGGCGCGUGCACGACUCGCCACGAGUGCGGCGCAGGCCAAGGAACAUGUAGGCUCGUCGACGUAUGCCGCGUCGUUCCUCGCGCAUGCGACGCAACAGGCGACACAGGCGCGCUUAUCCGCUGGCCCACCGGAGGCCGAGGAGCGCAUCCUACAGGGCCUGUGGCAGAAGUGCGAGGCGGCACCGGAGGCUGGGCCAUGGCGAGUGCCGACCGUGCCGCAUCACGCGCCACCUCUCGUUGCGCAGCAUGGCCCGAGUGCCGCGCUGUAUGACGCGUACCAUGCAAAGUACGCCGCCGAUGUACGCGCGCAUGCCAAUGCAACAGCCAAGGAAGCGUUGGAGCACCUGCUGCUGGAUGUACUCUCGCCACGCAUGGUGACAUUGGUCCAAUACGCUGCGCGAGCGGCAUCGGCUCUGCAGCAAGUCUGUGCCUCGGAUCCUGUACCGACGGACGUGGAAAAGACGCUCGCCGACGGCGUGGCUAUGCUCAAGGACCUGACGGGCGCUGAUGUGCCCACCACCGUCCGUCGAGGGCCGCGGCCCGGUGCGCUGGCUUCUCCCGCCCGCUUUCAUCGCAAGAGUCCACGACGGCGUGCGCUUCGCCCACCUCCCAAGCCGGCGAUGGACAAGGCGGCGCGCGCGCCUCGCGCCUCGCUCGUGCCUCGGCCCAGCAUACCCCGACGCAGUGACAGGCCAGCCGAGGCAGCCUCCAAGCCGCGGGCUUCGCUGCAGCCGCCGUUGCGCAUGCCUGUCCAAGCCGUCCCACGUGCGUCCCGCGACAGUGGACCGCCCUCGGAUCCGGCCCCGCGCCAGCCAGCCUCGUCGUCUUCGCCGCCGACGGCCGCGAAGCCACCGGCGGGGAAGCCGCCCGCCGCUCCUCACGCCCCAUCCGCGCGCCGCGGGCUCUUUCAGCGGCAAUUCCUCGCACGGCGUCAGGAACAAGAGGAGGAGGAGGAUGACGACGACGACGACGACGACGACGACGACGACUUGCUAGGCGACACGCCGCGUUCAUACCCGCCCCUGGCCCAUAGCACAUGGUAG